AUGAAGCUCUGGACUGCAAUGAAAUGCACAGAUGGACACCAGUGUUCUCUUCACUUAAGCAUUAAGGGAACACUGCAUCUUCAUGAAAAUGUGCGUGGAAUGGAAAUUUGCUCUCUCUCAAUGAGCACUCAGAAAUCUCAGUGUGUGAACAUGAAGGUUUCUAGAAACACACAUGUAAAAUUUACUGGAAAGAAGGUGAAACUGCAAUUUAAUUGCUUUGAAGUCAGUGCAGGGCAGCAUGUCUACGUGACCAUGAGAACAAUUCCAAAUUACUGUGGAGUCCAACUGAGUCAAGAGUAUUAUGUUGAAGCUGGAAAAUUGGCUUAUGAAGUGGACAGAGCAAAACAUACCAUAUUGCUGAACAUAUCCAAUGUGGCCCAAAAUGUCGAUUAUUAUGUCCGUUUAUGCCACCAGUGGUUUGUGUGUGAGGAUGUGGGAUUGGUGUCUUUGAUUCAAAGGAAUGACCUGGUAAAAUCAAUUUCUUUGCCGUUUACCCAGCUGCUUCCUUGCCUGUGCAUUGAGGCCUGGCCAGCAAUUCCAGAUGCACGACGAAUGCAGAUGUGUCCUUUUAAAAAUAAUACCAAGGCCCUGUGGGAUGACAUUAUUUAUAAUGCUGUCACCCAGACUCUAACUUGGGAAGCUGCCUGCCCUAUUCAUGUCAAUGUCAGCCUUUGUAGGCUGAUGAAAACAAGUGAUCAAUGUGUUGAUCUGAUGAACUCUUCAAAAACAGCUCCAGAGAAAGUAAAAUAUUCUCGUGUUGAUGCACAUCCAAGACUUUGCAUGAAGUUUACAACAAAGCGUGGCUCUUGGGUUAGAUGCCCGUUUGCUCAUGGAAAUGCCCAAGCUUGGACAAUGAAAGUCUCUGCGAUGGAAGAACAGAUACAAGUUUCCUUCACAUCAAAUACUGAGGCACAGUUUUCAGUUCUUGUUUGUAACAUAACUGAGUCGUCUUCAUGUGACUCUGCUGGAAUACCCCAGUCAAUCUCAGUGGUAUGUGCAUUUUUUCUCUCUCAUAAACUUCUAAUUGCAUCCAGCAUGCUCAAGGCAAAAAUGUUUAGAAGCAUGAUAUGCAGUGGGAACAUCUGUGUACUCCAGUUGAGUACACUUACAACUCAAGAUAUACAUUCUCAUAGCUCAAGAUAUCUAAAUAAGGAGAACUGCGUAACAUUGGACAGUAGCCAGGAUUUACUGUGA